CGACGAUUCCCUCAUCGGCCUCGUCGCCAUAUUGCGACGAAAGUGAAAGAAGCACUGGUAUUUCCAACUUCUUGGGAGUAAACAACUCCCAAGACUCUCCCAACUUUCUCUCUUGUGUCACUUGAUCCUCUUCUUCCCCAAGGCUGUGUUCAUAAAAGAAUACAGACUUUUUGUUACCUGUUGUGUUGAUAAUGGCUUGCUAAACCGACCAAGAUGUCUGUUGCUGCUGUUGGUUUCUCCGGAGUGAUCUCCGUCCUCAGCUCCGUCUCUGUGCAUGGACACCCAGCCAGCCAUGGACAAGAAGGCUAUGGCGAAAGCUCCUCCGCUGCCUUCUAAAAAUGGCUCGGAAGGAACUCUUAAAGAUUAUGGAGGGAAAAAGUGUGCAUCUCAGUAUGCUCGGAAAAGGGAUUUUGACCGUCCCGACCCAGGGAAGAAACCGGUGGCCGGGCGCGGCGGGAGGGCGGGCCAACGGUAUGUCCGUCCCAGGGAGAAGACGGGUGGCCAGGUAGAAUCAAGUAAUUCCAAUGUGGAAUCUGGGUCGCUAUACCGUAUGGGAGGCAAGAAACAGAACAUCACACACCUGAUGAACUGGUGGGGGCCAAGCCACAGAUCUCAGACAGGUCAUGGCCAUCACCAAAGAGGUGGGACCAGGGUCCGGAGGUACUCCUCUCACACUCCAAAAUACAGCAAGGAACAUUACCUACAAGCCAACUGCCAGUUUGUUGUGAAGGAAGGAGAGGACUACUCGGUAUACAGUGCCGACCCAGACCUGCUGGUUGAGUGGAAGUUGGUGGAGGAAGUGAGGCUUCAUGUCUCUGAGGCUCCUGCCUGCCCCAUCUGCCUUCAUCCUCCAACAGCAGCAAAGGUGACACGAUGUGGACACAUUUACUGCUACCCUUGUAUCCUGCACUACCUUGCUCUCUCAGAUGAUAAGUGGAGAAAUUGUCCUAUUUGCUAUGUGCCUAUUGAAAAGGAUGAGCUAAGGAGUGUUAAAGCUGUCUGCCAUAAGGAUUUCAGCAUUGGUGAAGAGAUAGAACUAAGAUUGAUGCGUCGUGAAAGGGAUUCACUUCUGCCAAUGCCAGCUGCCUCAUUCAGCCAAGAAGUUUUACAUGAAAUGCAGCGUAUUGGGUCACCAAAUGCAGCCACACCUUUUGCUAAACUGAUUAUUGCAUCAAAAGAAGAGGUUUACAAACACAUCUUGGAAAGAGAGGAAAGGGAUCUAAUUGCACAGUUAGUAGAAGAGGGUGACCAGCCUGAGGCCUGUUUUAUUGAUGAGGCCCUCUCUCUCCUCCACAUCCGCAGAGAAGCUCUCUUUUCAUCUGGCACUAAAGAUGGGAAAUCUGUAAAGAAAACUAUAGAGGGAAUGCAUAGCCUCUCUCUCUCCAGCCCAGAGGAAGAAUUAUGUGCUGUGAAGAUGCUUUCCACUGAGGAAACUGGGCCUCCUUCAUUCCUGAUGGAGCAAGAAUCCUCGACUCUGCUAGAACCAUCACCCACAACUGAUACAAAAGUUGCAGGCCUUAAAUUAGGAACAGAAACAACUGUUACAGCUGAUGACCUUGACAUAUCACAGCUGCAGCCAGGAAACACUCCUACUCCUGCUCAUGGUCAGAAAAAUGUUCCAAAGUCAACUUAUUACUUCUAUCAAGCCAGUAAUGGAGCUCACAUAUAUUUACAUACCCUCAAUGUGCAGAUGCUUGUUCAUGAGUAUGGUGACCUUGUGAAUUGCCCUGCUGUAUUCAGGGCAAAGGUUGUAGAUAAGGAAUCUGUGUUGAUGACGGAAGAACUUCGUCAGCGGCUCCGCUAUCUCAGCCAUCUACCUGUUGCCUGUAGCUUUGAUGUUGUGGAAGUAAUGCUGAAACAUCCAUUAGUAUCUAAACUUACAACUGCCAACUAUCAGGAAAAAAUAGAUGCCAGGCAGCACAUACGUAAUAAGCGAGCUAGGGAGGAAAGAAAGAUUGAGAGGAGAGUUCAGGCUGAACAAGACCGCAUGAUGGGUAGGAGCAGAGGAGCAGCAAACUUGAAAGUGAACUCCUUUGUACAUUUCCCAUCUUUUGCUGAAGACUUCCCAACCAAUCCAGGGCUUGAGGCUACUGAUGGGUCAGUCACCAUACCAGGAAAACCAGAAGGCAGUGAAUGCAGUGCCAGUCCAACAGGUGACUCGCUUUAUGGAUCAUCAGCUGAUACAAGUGGCUCAGGAAUGUCAUUUGCCAAGAUGAUUCGUGAAGGGCAAAGCAAGGUGCAUCCUCUACCAAAUGAACCUGCUUGUCGAGCUGGUGGGCUAUGGCCAUCUCUUGGAAAAGCUGCUUGGCCUGAUCCUGUGAAUCCUGGCAAAAACAGGACUGAAGGUGGCAGUACCUGGGCAAUGAAGAGCAAUGCAGGUCAUGGAGGAGUAGGUGCCCCAUCUGCUAACAGUGGACUUCUCUCUGAAGAUGAAGAUGAAGAGGGAGCUCCUGUUCCAGAGUUUAAACAUGCAUUUAGUGAUGCAAUUGCAAAAGCUUUUGAUGCUGCAGUUUUGAAACCAACAGCAGGUCAGAAUACAGAGUUGGAAGUGUCCACAGCAGGAGGGAAAAAAGGAAAAAAGAAGAAGAAGAAAGUACUCCUGUUUUCUUCUGGUGGAUUCAGCUGAACCUGCUGGUGGUCACAACCUUCAGUGACCAAGGUGUUGCAGCUGUAUUUUACAAGCAAAUGUUUGAGCUUUUGUUGUUGGUUAGAUCACUCACAUGUUUGACUUUGUAUAAUCUUACAUGGUUAAGUUGUACUUUACAUUUCAGUUGUUUCAUUUCCGUGACGAAAUAUUGAUUGUAGGCAUUGUAUAUUUUGUGAUAGCAUUUGUUAUCAGGGCUCAUUCACUUGUGUUUUGGUUACUUGAUCUAGUUUAUCACUUGUGAUUUUUGUUUGCUGAUAUCUUUCCCUCUGUAGUUCAGCUUACAGAGUUUGAUUCCCAGAGGAGAAAAAAAAACUUUUAAACUGACAGAUUUACCAGUUACAAAAAGCAGCUCUUAUUAAACUUAAAGCCUUUACAGUUAUAAAGGUAAAACCCUGUUCAGAUGAAGUUGCAUAUUAACUUAAAUUCUUUUGGUAAGUAUAUUACAUGUAGCAAAAGUUUCAUCUUCCAGGGAUUUUUAUCUUUGAAGUUUAACUUCAUUUCACAUUUGUUCAGUUUUGCAAGUUAGGUACCAAGACUACUGUUGCCUUGAUCUUGGUAAUUGAACAACCCUUUUUAUUUCAUAUCCGUCUUUUAACAUUUGAAUUUGCCUCAUUCUCCAGUCUUGAAGUUAGAUGAGGUGCUAAUUUGAUAACGUAGUCAAAUCUUUGAUGACCCCUCUAUGCUUAUAGGUAUUACUGUUUAUCAGUUAGAUAAUUUAUUCAUUAUUGUUUAUUUUCAUUCAUAACAUGUGUGAAUCUGGUAUCAUUGUAUGUAACUGUUGCACCUUGAGAAGUGCAAGUCGCAUCGCUUCUGUUGGUCACUAAAUAAAAUACAUAAAAGUUG